AGAAGGCGGGUACUUCGGGGGCGGAGGCGCUGGGACGAAAUGGCGGAGGAAGCGGGUAGCAACGGGGACGCUUUAGCUUUGCCGGUGGGAAAGGAGGCAGUGGAUCGUCUGAUCAAAGAAAACAGCCACAUCUUCACUGACACCCAAUGCAAAGUGUGCAGUGCAGUGCUCAUUUCUGAGUCGCAGAAGCUUGCUCACUACCAGAGUAAGAAACAUGCAAACAAAGUUCGUCGGUACAUGUCUAUCCAUGGUGAGGAAGAAUUCAGCCAAAGCAAAAAAAUAAAACUGGAUACAAAGCAGCAGGGUAGCAAUGGAGAAGACAGAAACAAAUGCUGUCCCAUCUGUAAUAUGACCUUUUCCUCACCUGUUGUGGCUAAUUCCCACUACCUAGGCAAGACCCAUGCCAAGAAUCUGAAGCUGAAGCAGCAGUGUCCCAAAGCAGAAGCUCUGGUACCUGCUCAGAAACAACCCACUAAAACACCUCCUGCUACUGUGUCCUCUAAUGAAGAGAACCAAAACACUUCUGAUCCAGACAAAUUCUGCAGCCUCUGCCAUGCCACGUUCAAUAACCCACUGAUGGCAAAACAGCACUAUGUGGGCAAGAAACACAAAAAGCAAGAGACCAAACUUAAGCUAAUGGCACACUAUGGAAGAGCCCCUGAGGAACCUGCAGCUUCAACAGCUGGGAAGGGGUAUCCCUGCAAUACCUGUAACAUAGUACUGAAUUCCAUAGAGCAGUACCAAGCUCACAUCAGCGGUUUCAAACACAAGAACCAGAUACCAGGAGCAGUUCCCAUUACAGGACGGUAUCAAAAGCAGCAGUACACACGAGAGGAGACAACAGGCCCUGAUGGUUACAGCUACUUUAGCCAAGACCUCUAGAGCAAGCUCUAUUGGAUUGCAAGUGGCCCAAAAGUGAACAUCUUUUAUCAGCCCACUAUGUUUUUAUUGUUCCUCUGGCUAAAUGAAACCCUCCUGUUCUUCUGUGCACAGGUUUAGCUGAUUUCAGAACUAAUGAUUGGCUAAAGGAUCUGGAAGGGACAGAUUUACUAGUUGGCAUUUGCUCAGUUCUUUAGAAUAGUUAUCAUUGUGUAAUCUCUUGCAGUAAUGUCUGCGAUAAGGGGGCAGGGUCGUGUGUCUAGCACGAGUAUCAGCCAGUGUUCUCUCAAGCCCAUCCUUUCCCUCUGCUCAGAAGAUGCAGGAGGAAGUUCUCCAACCAGUACCAGCCAGAGAAGACUGACCUUUGGAAGAAAGCUUGUGAUUUUGGAUAACACUGGGCUUAAGUAUGAGGUGUGGUACGGGCAUAAUUGGACAGAUUGACUGUCCUUUACUCUCCUAGAAUGAGGAGCUGCAUCACUGAGUUUGUCUUGCCCUUUCCUUGAUUGGGUUUGUAUGCAGAGUUUCUUAGAUCACUGAUCACCAUUCGGUUCUUUUUUGUAGUUCUGCAGGUGCUGGUUCUGGGGUAUCUGAUGAUCUGUUUAAUGUAAAAUUGAUUCUGCUAAUGGUAUGCAUAACCUGCUUCAGAAAGAGGAGGGGGUCCUGCUGAAGCAGCUAGGUUUUCUCAGUUCCUGAUAUUCUAAUGGAAGCCGUAACAUUUUUAACCUAUCUGUGCAAAAGUUUCUGUUGUGUUAAAAUGUUUAUCAGAAAAUUAAUAAUGUGGCAAUAGCUUUUAAAAUUGUUCUUUCUGAAAACGUUAAGGCAUUUGAACAAACCUGCACAAAAUGAUAGUAAGACUGAGAGAAACAAGCCAUUAUAAUUGUGAUUUGAAACUUUAAAGCAAGAUUUGUGGAGUGCUCUUCCCCAUAUAACUGAGGAAUUCUUCAUCCUCUUUCUAAGUUACAGAAGAGAGCUUUGCAUAGCAGUGUGGGACUUCCACUUGAGAAAUUUGUAAAUCAGAUAACCACUUCCCAAGGCUUGGAUUGUGGAUGCUGUGUUCGAAAGGCUUUUGUAUGUCAGCCUUUUUAGUUCUGUGUAUGCAAACUACAUUUUCUAUAGUCAAAUGUCUGUUUUCCAGAGGAUCCUGUACAUUUCUUUCUGAUAAUUUUCUGAAGCUUAGAAGGAAAUGUAGGCACCAUCUGGAAUACUGUUAAAUUGGCUACUUUAUUUGUUAGAAAAGCAGAUGAAAAUAGCUUGUAUAUAGUUUCCUUCCUUUUCCCUUGAAUGCUUAUAAGGACAAAGUGGUAAGCUUGGAGUUUGCUAACACCUGAGUUUGUAUGAAAUGCAGCAGUGGCAUAUAUCCAAAACAAUUGGUUUAAAAUUCUAAUCAAUUUUUUCCAAAAAGCAAGUACCAUAAAAUCAGAGGACUGUGUUAAAUGGCAGAAACUGCCUUUCUCCCCUUAUCUGAUACCUAGGCCAUUGCUCUUUUCUUUUCUUACUUAGUUCUCUUCCUAUCUCUUUCACAAUUAUAUAUCAAAAGAAGAAUUCCUUCAGAUUGAUACUCUUGAGUCUUGACUCACUUAAGCUUUGCUGCCUGUCUGUAAAGCUCCUUGCUUUCCAUCUUUUUAAAGGUUUGAGUCCCAGUAAUGACCAAGAAAUUCAUAUUCUCUUUAGGUCUGUUCAUUCUUAUAGUUUAAAGGUAUUAUGAUUCUCCCAUUCUGUGCUGCAUUCCCGAUCUGAUCUCCCUGAUACAUAGCAAGAGCAUUUUCAGAACUGGGGAUGGGAAUUGGGAUGGCUUAUCAUGAGAACCUGCUUCCCUUUCUGCUGUGAUGAUAGUGGCUGGCACCUUUGUCUCUUCUGGUCACCUCUGCAUCUUUCUGCAGUAACGCACAGUCUGAAGUGUGCGAAUAUUGCUAUCUAUGUAUUAACAUUGCUGCUGUAAUAUGUGUGUGAGCAUAUUCCCUCUGUGCCACUUUAGCAAAGUUAACAAGAGGGUGUUUUCCUCUCUGCUAUUCCAUCAGUACUGCAUUAGAGUCAAGGUGAGUUUCAGGUUAGAUCCAACCAGCAGUUCAUUUUCUUGUAUUCCCUGUCUUUUAGGACAGUUCACUGCUACUGGCAGAUCGUUCAGGUAAGCAGUUCUGCUCAUAAUUAAAACGUUCCUUUCUUCCAUCAUUGGCAGGUUUUUGUGUACAAGAUGUUCUAUCUCUUAAUAACUCAGACUGACCAGAGGGGUGUGUGUUGGGGGUGGGGGGGAGUAGCAGCUUCAGAUUGGGUUAGGAUGAUGGAGGCUAUAUCUUGGUUUUGUCUCUGGUCUUUUGUUUUGGAUUUGCAUGGCCUAUUUCCAGUAGAUUGGGAAGUGCUUAUUCUGCAGUGCCCCAGAAUAGUAUGGUAUCUUUAGUCCCCAUCAAAUACCACGACUGAAGCUGGAAGGGGGGCUAAAAUAACCUUUAAGCAUAAGCUUUUAUUCGGACAGCCUCUAUGGUAAGGCCUGUGUACAUGCUAUGCAGCUUUUCUGUAAAUAAUAGAUGGGGCAAAUAAUGUGUUUUCUGACAUACCAGUAGUUUAGUGUGCGUAAACCUUAAUUUUAAGCUUCAUCUUUCGCUGUAUUUAACCUUUCUAUUUUAGCAUCCUCCAAUGUCUUGUUCUGUGUUCGGAGUUUGGUCCCUGACAUGCCCCAUGAGCAUUUGCAGUCUUCAGAGUAGAAAUUUUGACACAGUGAUUGCCUCUGUGAUACUCUGGCCUUAGAAUUUGGUUUCUACUGUAUAUUGAAUUCUAUUGCAGUUGCUAACAUCUGAUAUUUUUGGCAAGUGCAAAGCUGAGUGUCCUGUUGCAGUGUUAACAUGAUCAAAAUGCUGGCUCAGCCUCAUAUAAGAAAGGUUGUGAUAAAUUCAUGAAUUGUCUAUCACCUGUUUUUAUUUAUAUAUAAAUAUAAAUAAAAAUCAGGCACCCUCUUCCUUAUUUUAGAGAUUAAAGCAGGUUUUUUUUUAUUCAUAGCCAAUAUAGGUGUUCUGUUUUUGUUUGUGUGGGUAAUUACUUCCCUUUGUAUCUGGAUCUGGUUUUAAUCAAGUCAAGUUCAUACAUGGUUCCAUAAAAAUUGGAAUUCUGCUCUUGGAAGAAAUUAUGUAAAAUCAUAAAUGGCAUAGUUUAAUAGCAGUCUGUUUUUCCUGCAGAACUUGAGUAUUUUUUGAAAGGAUUACUUGGAGUCAUGAGUUUGGGGGGAAGUGCUGUGGAUUAGUGGGAAUAGGGAGAUGGCCAAUAUAUUCAACUUUAAAUUUAAUUGAUGAAAAUGGUUUUUUUUAAACACACAUUCAGCUUUUGACCACAGCUUUUGGAGCUAGAAUCUUGCCCUAUAAACACAGACGUUCUCAAGAAGCAAAAUUGUCUCAUUGUAUGGUAUUCAGGUGUGCAUUGGGAAGAGUAGAACCCCACUUUAUUCAUUUGGAUUUUUAUUCUGAGGAUGGGUUGCAACG